AUGUCGUGCUCGAUCUGCCUCGACACGGUGGUCGCCGGCGGCGAGGAGAGGUCCACCGCGAGGCUGCAGUGUGGUCACGAAUUUCGCCUCGUUGAGCGGCUUCGCUGCCUCGCAAUUCCAUAUGCUGUGACUAUGGUGGGACAAGGUAGGAGCAUGCCCUUGGAUCAAGAUUGCAUUGGUUCAGCAUUUAAUGCCAAAGGAAUUAUGCAAUGCCCCAAUUGUCGCACAGUUGAGAAUGGGAAUUGGCUUUAUGCAAAUGGUUCCCGAUCAUCACAGGACGUAAACAAUGAUGAAUGGGGUUAUGAUGACCUUUAUGAUCAUGGUCACUCAGAGCUGGCAACCUUUGUGCCUCUUCGCAUUCAGUGGUGUCCUAUUGGGCUCUUAGAACUUCCAUCCUUAUUUGAGUCUGGAAGACCAAGGAUCCCAAGUGUUCCUCCUAUGGCACCACAAUUCAUAAGAGCGCUUGGCAACUUAAACGAUCAAUUCCAGCAGACUUCUUCUAGCUUAUUUGCUGGGUCACAGCAAUCAGGAGGCAUGCGUCCAUUGGGAGCUGUUGGGCCUUCCGUGCCACCUCCGGAGAACACCUCCUUUUGCCUGUUCCCACCAGCUUCAUCAGGCCCCAGUACAAUGGAGACUGAUGAUGUCAGAGCAAACCAGUUCUACGCCUGGGAGAGGGAUCGCCUGGCUCCUUACCCGCUGAUGCCUGUUAAUAAUGAAGGUACCUGGUGGAGCUCUUCACAACAACAGCCCCCUCAAGGUGCACUAGAGCCUGCUGCAUCUGCUUCAAGGAGGCUGUCUGGGCAGUGGAUUGGUGGCGUUGGCAGGUUGCCACCACCAGAGAAUAGAUCGCCAGACGACUCGUCCUUCCGUCCACUGCACAUCCCUCGGAUGUAG